GUCUGUGAGCUCAGCGGCCAGAGGGGGAAUCAGAGCUGAAGGGAUCAGUGUGGCUGCCGCCUGUGAACGAGGGAGGAACCUAUACAGCGAACGAGAGUGACAGAGACAGACGGAAAAGAGGGGAAGACAGAGAGGAAGACACGGACCGAGAUAAGGCUUCCUUCCACUGCUCAUCAAUGAAAGAAGCCAUGCCUGUACUCUCAGCAGGUGCAGGGCUGCAUGAGACGCUGGCCCUGCUGACCUCCCAGCUGCGUCCAGAUGCCAAUCACAAAGAGGACAUGGUGUUCCUCAAAGACGUCUUCAGCGAGAGGAGUCUGGGCUACCUCAUGAAGAUUCAUGAGAAGCUGCGGCAGUACGAGCGCCAGAGCCCAACCCCCGUGCUCCACAGCGCCUCCUCCCUGGCAGAGGAUGUAGCAGAGGAGUUGCAAAGUGGACCAAUGAGUAUUGAAGAAAAGGAGCUAUUACAGUUGUUGACAUCACCCCAUUUACGGGCCAUGCUGUCUGUGCAUGACACGGUGGCCCAGAAGAACUUUGACCCAGUUCUGCCACCCCUGCCAGACGACCUGGAGGACGAGUUGGAGGAGGAAUCUGUAAAGAUUGUCCGACUGGUCAAAAACAAGGAGCCAUUGGGGGCAACGAUUCGGCGGGAUGAGGCCUCCGGUGCGGUAAUGGUGGCGCGUGUGAUGAGGGGAGGAGCGGCAGAUAGGAGCGGUCUGGUCCAUGUGGGGGAUGAGCUGAGGGAAGUGAACGGCGUCUCCAUCAUCCACAAGCGCCCAGACGAGAUCAGCCAGCUACUGUCGCAGUCACAGGGCUCCAUCACGCUGAAAAUCAUCCCAGGCAUCAAAGAGGAGGACCGGCUGCGAGACAGCAAGGUGUACGUGAGGGCGCUGUUUGACUACAACCCCGGGGAGGACAAGGCCACACCGUGCCAAGAAGCAGGGCUUCCCUUUCAGCGCGGCGACGUCCUGCAGGUGGUGAGCCAGGACGACAACACCUGGUGGCAGGCCAAGAAGGUGGGCGACAGCAGUCUUCGCGCCGGCCUGGUGCCCUCCAAACAGUUCCAGGAGAGACGGUUGGCCUACAGAAUGAAAAUGGGCACUCUACAGAAUCCCAAAUCUCCUAAAAAGUCUGUCUAUGACCAGGGAUGUGACAAAGAGGACUGUGACUGUGAGGGCUAUUUCAAUGGACAGUACAUAGUCUCUCCGAAGUGUAAAGCGGUGGCGCCCUCCUGUGGCCAGGUGUUUUCCUGGGAGUUUUACUCAGCUGGCCUGCGACGUAGUUUCCGUCUGAGUCGGAAGGACCGGCAAGGCUCGUCAGGAGAUGCCAACGCCUUAGACAGCAGUGAUCCCGAUUUCCUCACGUACGAAGAGGUGACUCGGUACCAGCACCGGCCUCAUGAAAGACCUCGUCUGGUGGUGCUCAUAGGUUCUCUGGGCGCUCGCAUCAAUGAGCUGAAACAGCGGGUAAUAGCAGAGAAUCCGCACCGCUACGCCGUGGCUGUUCCACACACCACCAGGCCUAAGAAGAGCCAUGAGAAGGAAGGGGUAGAGUACCACUUUGUCACCAAACAGGCAUUUGAUGCCGACGCUCAGAACAACAAGUUCAUCGAGUAUGGCGACUACAAAGAGAACCAGUAUGGCACCAGUAUUGAGGCCAUUCGCACGGUUCAGGCCAAGAAUAAGAUGUGUAUGGUGGAUGUCCAGCCAGAGGCCUUAAGGACGCUGCGUACAGCAGAGUUCAAACCCUUUGUGAUCUUUGUCAAACCGAAAAUCCCAGAAGGCAGAAGGCGUCGCAGUGCAGCUACCUCACCAGGAGGGGGCGAACAUGGGCGGGUCACGGAGGAAGAGCUUCAGGAGAUGCGCCAGUCAGCCCAGCAGAUCGAUCAGCAGUAUGGCCACAUGGUCGAUCGCAUCCUGGUCAAGGAGGACUCGGCAAGUGCCUGCUCAGAACUGAGGGGAAUUCUCGAGAGGCUCGAACGGGAGUCCUUCUGGGUGCCUGUCAGUUGGGUGAGGACCUAAGAUGUCUUGUCCCGCCCCAGAGCCUGCCUUUUUGGAGUGGGAAUACGCCUUUCUUUGACCCCACCACGGGACAGACCUCCGUACUGACAUUUUGGCUAGUCUCUGAUCCCAUCCAACCCCUAGUCCGUCCGGCUUUAACCUGUCCUUGUGGUGGUGGUGGUGGUCUGAGGGGGGGUCCGAGAGCUCCUCUGGGACUGUAGCGCAGGGAGGAGAGACUGCAGAUGGAGGCUGACUUGGGCAGUAGACGGAGUCUGAACUUAGGUGUUGGAACUGCACCCACUCAGAGUUUGAGGCUUUGGGAAAACACAGAGAUUUAAGGGAGGACUGGAGCCCUCCUGACUAAGCCUCCUGCUUAUAAUUUAUGAAGAAACUAAUGGAUUCAGACUUAGAGCUCUUAACCACACAUACACAUAAGUGUGCGUGCACACACACACACACACCCAAGCCUUUUUGCUGAGGAUAAUGGAUUAUUUUGAAAAGUUUAAUUUAAUUUAUUGCUGCAUAAUUUCUAAUUUCUGUAUUAUUUUUCCUUUUUAAUCUCUUCAGCAUUAUAUUUUGUUUUGUGCAGAGUUUACAUGCAGCAAAAUGAGCAUUAGCGCAGUAGCAUCAGCCACCAAUGCUGUUUGAAACAUCCUCUUCUGGCCACACCCACUGGCAGAAAAAACACUUCUCUAUUCUCUUUCUAUUUCCAUCUCUCUCAGUCCCUCUAGCCUGCUUCCAUAACACCUAUCUGUCCAAUGGGCCAAUGUUCUUCACCAUCCCUAGGCAGAGAUGGCAGUGAUCAUCGCUUUCAAGCACAUGACAAAAUUAGAAUGUAGUGCCCAAUCAAUUACAACAAAUGGUGUACUCUAUCAGAGGCGUUUUUCAGUUGCUUAACUCAGAUUCAUCUGUCUGCCAGUUGGCUAUUUUUUGACUUUCCCCUUGGCAACCCAGUGACCAAGCCUCUUGGUUUUGUAGUGGGCUUGCCAUGGUAACGUGCUUCCAUACCUCUCCGUUCUCCUAAGGGAAUGAUGCCUGGCUGAGGGAUUGCACCUCAGACUGAUGGAAAUCGUCAUGCAUUAUUGUAGCCAUCCAUCAAUCAAGAUGCUUCCAUGCAACAAGGACAUAAUUGCAAGAAUAUGCACACAUGCAUGGGAACACACACACACACACACACACACACACACACACUCAUACACACCUCACAUAUCAUGUAUUUUAGUAGAAAUCUUUGUACAUAAAUAUGGAAUGUUUAAUUUCAGUGUUUAAUAACAAACUUAAAGACUUUUAAAUCAAAGUGCACAACUGAAAAAUGGUUAACAUGAAUGUCAAUAUUCACAUGUGUACAUUCUAAUGUUCUUGUGCCAUUGACAAUUCCAGUAGCACUCAGCCGUUUUGAUUCCUCUACCCUCUCACCCUAUCUCUCUGAAAGGAUGGCAAACCAGUAGAAAUGGCAGUACAUUGUGAUACUGCAGUUUCCUUUGUGUCAAUACAGAUAAACACAGCACAGCUGUAAAUAUAGGAUUCCAUUCAUGUUAAGGAGGUAUUCAAGGAGGUAUUUGUACAGGUCCAUAGUAAGCCUUAUAUCCAGGCUGUUACUGUGAACCUCUGUGAACCUGGGAAUUUUGGGUUUGUGAUGAUCGAUAUGCACAGAGGACAUACAGUACCUGCAAACUGGAACAUCUUUGGUGGGAAGACAAAACAGACUCCAUUGCCUUCUUGGUGAUAUAAAGGAUUUGUAAUGGUCAUGCAAAAUAAUUCAACUCUAGAUCUACUUUACAUAACAUUGUAAAGAUGCAAGUGAACAUAAAAUAAACAUGUGAUGAA